UGGGGCCCCCGGACAAUAGGGGAUCAUGGGGCCCCUGUGUCCUUGCCCACACUCAAAAAAGCCUAUGAAAAAGGUACCAGGGGCAUCUCAUGGGGCCCCAUACUGACCCCGGGCCCUCGGGCAGUGCCUGAGUUUCCAAAUGGUCAGUCCGCCCCUGGUGAUAUCCUGUGUGUUCAUGCACAUCAGGGGUGGACUGAGAACUCAUGGGGCCCCUGGGCAAUAGGGGAUCAUGGGGCCCCUGUGUCCUUGCCCAAACUCAAAAAAGCCUACGAAAAAGGUACCAGGGGCAUCUCAUGGGGCCCCCUACUGACCCCGGGCCCUCGGGCAGUGCCCGAGGUUCCAGAUGGUCAGUCCGCCCCU